AGUCGGUUGAGUACUGGACUUGGACUAGGGACUGCGACUACGGCGUCAACUUCACUUCAACGUCAUCUUUUGUAGUUUACGCGUUGCUUCUUGGUUCAUCUAGCUUCAUUCGAUGAAUAAAUUAGUUUUAAUUCGUGUUGUUCAGUUGGCUGAAUAUUAAACAGUAGCCCGGAGUGUAAUUUAGUUGGUGGCAUUCAACUUGAGUGAUAGUUCGUUUUGUGAUUUUGUGUCUCGUGAUAGAAAUAUAGUGUGACUUUUGUUGGGCUUAUGAUGGGCUUCAAGAGGAGAUUACUGUUGAAGAACAUGUUUAUGAAUCCUAAUCCGAAACCGUCGUUUUCUGACAGCGACUCUGAUAGCGAACUGCUGCCACUGCAUCACAGAAUGCCAAUUCAGGCGCCUCAGUGGACAGAGUUCCUGUCUUGCCCCGUGUGCUGUAACGAGUUCGAUGCGGCCGUCCGUAGUCCGAUCAGUCUUGGCUGUGCCCACACCGUCUGCAAGACCUGUCUCUCCAACUUGCACCGCAAACAAUGCCCCUUCGAUCAGACGGCGAUAAAUACAGAAAUAGAAAGCUUGCCAGUAAAUUGUGCUCUUCUGCAACUGGUGGGCGCAACUGUUCCCGAUGAUCAUAGUUCCUCGAAAUUGAAUCAUUUACCCCAAGAAGAUCUCCACUGUUACCUGCAAGCCAAAAAAUGCAUAGAAGAGCUUGCCCUGUACCUCAAACCGUUCUCCUCAGGGGGUGGUUCGGGCGUGCUAUCGCGCCCGAUGCAGCGCAAACUGGUUACGCUGAUCAACUGCCAGCUGAUGGAGGAAGAGGGGCGGGUGAGGGCGAUGCGGGCCGCUCGCUCGCUGGGGGAGCGCACCGUCACCGAACUCAUCCUUCACCACCAGAAUCCCCAGCAACUCUCCGCCAACCUCUGGGCGGCAGUCAGAGCGCGCGGAUGCCAGUUCCUCGGUCCCGCUAUGCAAGAAGAGGUGUUGAAACUGGUACUUCUAGCUCUCGAAGACGGGUCUGCACUGUCGAGAAAAGUGCUAGUGAUGUUUGUUGUGCAACGACUGGAGCCUCACUUCCCUCAGGCCUCCAAGACCAGCAUCGGCCAUGUCGUUCAACUGCUCUACAGGGCAUCUUGUUUUAAGGUGUCGAAACGCGAAGGCGACUCGUCGCUGAUGCAGUUGAAGGAGGAGUUUCGCACUUACGAGGCGCUGCGCCGCGAACACGACGCGCAGAUAGUGCAGAUCGCAACAGAGGCGGGCCUACGCAUCGCACCCGACCAGUGGUCGGCGCUGCUCUACGGCGACACGCACCACAAGUCGCACAUGCAGAGCAUCAUCGACAAGCUGCAGACGCCGCAGUCGUUCGCCCAGUCGGUGCAGGAGUUGGUCAUUGCACUGCAACGCACUGGUGACCCCGACAACCUUUCCGCGCUCAGGCCGCAUCUCGAGCUGCUUGCCGCUAUCGACCCCACGCCUGAGAACUGUGAAUGCAGAUGGCGCGAGGUGUGGCGUGCGGUGGAGGGUGCGCGUGUGGUGGUGGCCGGCCUCGUGGAGUUCAUCCGCGUGCAUCCGGGCAGCCGCAAACUGGUGGUGGUGGGGGGUGGCCAAGGGGGCGGAGCCAACGGCGACCCAGUGGGCGGAGCCACGCAUGCGCACAGCGGCGCGAAGUACAAGAUCAGUCUGUGCCGCGACCUCACCAUGCGCGGCAGCUGUCCGCGCGGCGCCAACUGCACCUUUGCGCAUUCCGACGAUGAACUUGACAAGUAUCGUGCUAAAAGUCGUAAAAUGACUGGCAGAAAUAAGGAAGAUGAUUUCUUGUCUGAUAAUGUGCUUGACGAUAUGCUUAGUGCAUUCUCUCAUCCCCCCAAUUAUACCAGAGAAGGUGUGAAUGAUUUCAAUUCGACGUUUCCAUUGAAUGCUGCUCCGAUCCACUCCACCUAUCAACCUCCCCAACAGCAGAUGUUUCCCCCCACUCCUGCAACAUACUCUGCCGACAUAUACAGUAACAGUGCUGCACCACAUAACAUGGUGUUGAGCUCAGGAGGACAGGUGUACGCGCCACCCCAGCCUGACUACGCCUCCCCUGCCCCCAUCCAACCUGACCAUAGACCCAUAGAACCAGCUUGGCUUCCACCUCAAAAGAUGCCGAGAGUCUCUUCCAAAAGCUUAGCAGCACUGCAACAAAGAAAGCAUGAACUAAUUAAUCAACUUGAAAGGAAAGUUGGCAAAACUCCUACAAACGCUAACAAGGAAAAUAUUACUUCCACGUCAACUUAUUCUAUCUGGAAUGGCGGAGGAAUACUUCAUACAAGCACUGGGACCAAUUCACAUGUUACCCACAUCAGUGCUACCAGACCCAUGCUUUACAGGACUGAUUCGGUGCUGACAGACGACGAGUUUGUGCCUUUCGACUGUUCGGAGGCGAGUAAGUACGGCCCGAUAUCACGUGCCACCAGCUCGGCACUGCAGCCCUUUGGCCCUGAUCAGCUGACGCCCCCCUUGCCUCCCCUGCGUCGGCCGCCCCUCCCUCCGCCCCCGCACCCCUCACACAGUCAUCUCCUCACAGUCAGCUCACCUCAAGGAUUUCCAACUCGCCUUAUCGCGCCUCCACCAAGAACUCUGGGGGAUAGCUACAUUACCGUGGGCCACGGUAUGAUAGAUAAUCCACAAAUAUAUUCACAGAGGAACGAUUCACCCAAGGACUUACAUCUCAAGCAGAUAAGGGUUCUUGAGAAGAAGAUUAAUGAUUUGAAGAUCGUAGCUCAAAGCAAAGCUGUAACUGACAUGGAAAAACUACACAUGUCACACGAACUACAAUUAGUUGAACAAGGGAUCCGAGAAAAUGAAAAAGAAUUAAGACUUAAUCGCUUAGCUGCAACUACUCUGGGGUUAGCUGACCUGAGUUGGAAUAAGCAUUCUUGGAACAGUUCUGAUUACAGAAGUGAUGAUGAAGACUCGUAUGAGGUUGGCAUAGCAAAUGACAUGCGAGAACUCGAACUUCGAUGGGAAUUCGAACUGGAGGAGCAAGAGAAGCGCUGGUCGAGUGAAGAGGAUUCCAUAAAAAAGUAGAUGAGUAAAGACAUUUCUCCAAUUAUAGAAUAUUAGUACUCUAAUGUUUCAGAAACAUCAACAAGAAUUUCUGGUUUCCAGAAACUUCCUACCAAAUAGUAAAUAAAUAUUUUUUUGUGUAAUGGUUUUAGAUAAUCAUAAUAACUUUUAUCGUCAAAGUUUUUGCUCUAUGCCUCUGUUCUUUGGCAUAUAACAAGAUUAUAGAUUUGUAUGUUUUUUACCAUACUAUUGAUGUAUCUUUGUUGUGCAAAUGAAAUUAUGUACAUGAGGGAUUGUUCUCAUGUAAAACUAUAACUAAUAAUUCACAUGUUAAUUUUUUAACAUAAUAUUGUAUUGCCAUUUUUUUAUUUGUUGGCUAUUUAACGCCUAUGUUUGUUGCUUUUGUUAGUUUUGUUGUUAAUUCAAAUGAGUUGGGAAAUGAAAUUAUUGAUUAACUUGCAUCAAGUAAUGCCUUUGCGAAGAACCAAUUUUUAUGGUUUUAUUGUUCAAAAGAACACUGUUCGUGAAAGGAGUAACCACAUUCCAUUUCCAAGUCAACUCGUUGAUAUUUUUUUGCUUCUUGUUCAGUUGGGAUUUGAUCUGUAUUUUUUCCCAAGUUAAAACUAAUGUUAUUUUAUGUUGAGAUUAUUUUUGACAAUCUUAUAAUUACAAUUCUAUAAAAAUUGUAAAAAAAAAACAGAAAAGUUGUAAAAUUAGUGUGUUUUACAUUUUCAAAAUGUAUUCCACAACUCACUAAAAUUUGAUGUUAAUAUAAUUAUUGUUAUUAUUUUUCAUUGAAAAUAAAUUGAUUGUUAUUUUCCUAUUACUAUCAAUUUUACAGUCAAACAGUUUAUUUUUGGAGAACUGAUAUCUGAGAACUAAAUAUUUCUUAAUAAUUCAAUUUGACAACUAUAAAAUUCCAAAUUGUGAAAUUAAACUGUAGAUAGUUUAUAAGUUUUGUAUAUCUUCAACGAAUAAUAUCUAUUGUCAAGUAAUUGUUGAACUAGCGUUUCUUCUCGUAAAAUUUGUAUUCAAUUUUGUAUUGUUGAAAAAAUUGUUUUGCUCUGUUUCGGUAGUUUUGUUCAGCUUUGUGUUGAGAAUUGUUUAUAAAUAUCCACAUACUACUCGCAAUUGAAUCUAUAAUACCUAUUACCGCCUAAUAUGAAACCUGAAUAUAGAAUGUCAUUUUAGCUCUCCUCAAUCCCCUCUUGUUGUUUCAUUUGGCGUAUUGUAUGAAUUGAUUACAAUGUAUGAGCCAAUUUUAUUUAUCAUGCAAAUAAAUUGAUAGGACAUUUUAAAAGUAACUUUAUCCUCUAUUUGACUCAUUCUGACUAUUUAGGCAGAAUUCAUUUAUUUAUUCAUUUAUUCAUAGACAAAAUUUGAAUUGAAGUUCCUUUUUCAUAUUAUACAAUAAUCAUAUUAAAUCCAGCCGUACCAUUCUCAAGUUUAGAAUCAAUUACUGCUUUUAAACUCAUCAUCUCAUCCUCAUAAACUGUCAAAUAAAUUUUUAAUUGAGAAAUGUUACACAAAUUCAUUAAAAUGCCGUUCAAUUAUUGUUAUUGAAUCAAUCCGCAUUUAAACGUUUUUCAAUAAUAAUUUAUUUGAUUUAUUAUCAAUUCAAUAUUCAUUAUCAAGCACGCAUAAUACACUCAGAAGUACAUUUUAAAUGUUCAACUUCGAAAUUUUCAAUAGUUCUAUUGAUUAUCUAAAUUCUCAUUCGAAAUUUUCGUAACCUGAUAAUAAAUAAAUAUGUGCUUAUCUUCUUCCAAGCUUCUCAAAUAGUUAUUCCUCAUUAGAUAAGCAGUUAAUUGAUAACCAUACUAGAAGCUAGUUUUCACAACAACAGUGUAUCAUACAUAUAUUAAUUAUGUAUGUUACUUGUAUUUCAUAUUGACGUAGGAAAUCUUUACAUGUUCAUGUAUUGAACUUAUUGUGUAAAUCAUCGUUGUAUUAGGAUAUUAAAGUUUAGCCAAAGUAUAAAUUUGGGUCGUGAAAAUUUUAUCAAUCUUUCUGUGAAUAAUACGUCAAGUGCUGAUGGAAAAUGUAUUUUUAUAAGCAAGCUAGCAUUACUAAUGUAUUAUAUUUGUAACUGAGAAAAGUUAAUCGUAAAUUGGCAAGUAAUUUAACUUGAUAUCAGUAGAUUUGUAUUUUAUAUUUACUUUUAGAGUCUGUGUACUGCAUCCUCGAAAUCGAUGUGAAUAAUUUUUGUAAUUAAUGGCGAUUGAGAAAUUGGUAUUUGUAUUUUUGUACUUGACCGAUUCCGUGUGAUCAAUGAAAGGUCUACUCCCAGUUUUAUUGGGAGUCAUAUAAAUUGUGCCUCGCUCAUUAAUGAAUACUUGAAACCAAUUAUUAACUUUGUGUUAUCAAAAUCUGUGCAUGUAUGAGUUUAAAAUCUGUUGCACAUAAUUUAUUAUAUUUUCUAGAAAUGCCAAAUUGUCAUGCCUAUUCACAUGAAGACUAUAAUAUUGAGUUACGGCUUAUAUUGUCACAUAUUGAUUCUAUGUAUCAGUAUCAUAUAUUAUUAAUUUAUUUUUAUUCCGUUAUGAGAAUAAUAUUUACUAGUAAAAAUCUCAUUUAUAUAGAAAUAUUCAUUUGUAUAUUAUAAAUUUUGUGAUUGAUGAAGUUACUGAAGAAAAAACUAAUAGUUGGAAUGUUUUGGAGAGAUAGUAUUCAAUAAUGAAUUGUUCGUUUUUAAAAAAAAUAUAAUAGAUGCUGAUUUAAAAUAAGAUCUCAUAUUGUAAAAAAGUUGAAAUAGAAAAGCUCAUAAUUCACUUCUUUUCAUGACUAACUUUUCAAGCCGUUGAUAAAAAGCUCACUUCUAAACUCAAGGAUUAAAUUUUAUGAAUAUCCUGUUGGAAAAUUUUUUACCUUUGAAUACUCAAUAAUCUAUUCAUAUUACAUUUUUCUAUGAUUAACCUUAAGGUUUGCCCUGAAAUAAUCACAGUCUUCAAUCAACAAUUUUAUGUGAUUAUCAGUGUCUAUAACAGUUAAAAAACAUAAACCCCUUUAUCGACGAACUAAUUGAAAAAUAUUCUUGUGAAAGCAUACUUUCAUUAUUUAGUCAUUCUAUUUCCCUAUAGCUCCAAUCCUUAACUUGUGCAAUAGACUCAAUCUUGCUCCAUCGAUUUUUCUUCGAAUCGAUGACAAUCGAUAGACUUAAUUUCGCCAAGAGAAUAAAUGAAUGAGAAAAUGUUGAUUGGAACAGUAAGCCUUCUUAUCAUGAAUUACUCAACCAGUAGCGGCAUAUGAAAACUUUUUAAACCAAAUUUUGGAUUGUAAUAGUUGAAAUAACAUUUUUGUAAUAGCUUCCUUCCAUUAUUCACUGAAUUAGUAACCUUGUGGAAAUGAAUAAUAUAUUGUAGUAGAUGAUAAUAAGAGUCUGAUAAAAAUAGAUAUUUUAUAUAUUUGUGAUUUUUUUUACAUAGCUAAUUAAAGGAAUUAAUAUAUACUUGUUUUAUAUCACCGGAAAUUAUUAUAAACUGUUUUAUUAUUGUGCAUAUUUGAAAGUUCAAUGUUAGAAUUUGUUGCAACGAUUAACUUUUAUAAUAUCACCCAAUAACAGAAAAGAGAGAGGUAAAGUGUGUGAUAUAUGUAUAAAAACAUACAGUGAAGACCUUCAAUUUACCUGGGCCUACCAUUAUCAUCACAUGCGGUCAAAAUAUUAUAAUGUCCUAUAUUCAGUUUAACAUCAAAAGAAAGACGAUACAUCACUUAUAAACUUGAACCUCGCAAUUGUUUCCUUGGAUUGAAAGCUUUCAUACGAUUAUAUCAUUAAUCGCAUCAUAUUAGAAGUAGAUAAGAGGUCACAAUAUUCUAAUAAUACUGAUUAGCCUAUAUAUUUUUCAUUCUUUGAUAUUUAAAUAUAUUUACUGUUAAAUUAUGAACUUAAGCCAAUCUAAAUACUCAGAAUCGUACGGUGUAUUUAAUUGAAGUGUACGGUAUGUAUCCAUUACAUGUGGAUUGUUAUUUUCCGGUUUUGAGUAACCUGAAAAGUGAAAGUCUUCACUGGAUGUUCAGAACAUAUUAGAGGAUAAUAUACAUUAUAGUUGUAUACUAAUCUAUAAAGUACAUGUUAAACAUGUUUGAUAAAUUUAAGCGAAAUAUUUUACGUUCUUUUAUUUGGAACUCUAAUAAAAAUGUCAUAUUAUGGUUCAAUUGAUGUAAAUGAUUGGCAUCUCCGUUUUUGGAGAUUUUUAUAUAGGAAAGUAAAAAUUUAUUAAGAUUAGUGGUGUUAUCGUAGCAAUUGAAUAUUAUUUUCUUUUUCUAAUUUGUAAUGUUUAAAUUUUUAAGGUAAAGUAUAGUCAAUUCAACUCUGAAAGGAGAUGAUUAUUUUGCUUAGAUAUAAGUUAUAUAGGUCUAUUAUUAAGUAUUCUAAGAACUCUUGGAGUUUUGAGAAAGAAUAAUCUUUUAAUAACAUGCGAAAACAAAAUAAUUAUCGAAUUGAAAAUUGUAAAUACAACAUUGAACGAUUUUUUACGAAAUCAAUCAAUCAUUCUGAAUGAAUUUUGUCUGUGAUAAUCGAAGAGUUUCCAAAGCAAUCUGGUAAAGAUGGAUGUUUUUAAAAAUAUGCUCCAUUUCUGACCGUUUAAUUUGAAGAAAAUGUAUUAUUAUUAAAGUCUCACAUCAAUAUAAUUAGACUUUUACGCAGAUCCAUUUACAAAAAUGCAUCAAAUAAUGUAUUAAUAUUAUUUUAUUCUACAAUAUUAUUGUUCUCUUGUAGUUGAAUAUUGUUAGAUAACUGGGAUUUAUUUUGAUAAGUUACAAUAUUAUUUUUCUUAUUCACAAAAAUCAUACAAAAAGUAAAAUUCAAGUAUAAAGUUGUCGCUUUUAGUUGCAAAGUAUAUUCUACUGUUGCUCACACCUCAUUUCUAAUCACCUAGCACUAAUAUUGUGUCUUCGUAAAUGUGCUACCUAUUCGAAUCUAAUCAUAAACCUAUUUAUAUAUUUUUAAAUCUGUUGAUGAAUUGCAACAAAACCCUUAAUAGCAAUUGGUUUCCUCACAUUUAUUGCUUAAGAAUCCCUCUGAGUCAACAAUAUUGAAUUUAGAAAUCAAUCCAGAAUGAUAUAGUUCCCAAAUAUAGAAUUAUUUUUUUAUAACUGCAUUUAUUUUUCGCCAUGUUAGCUCGUUGAAGUUCUCUAAUUACAUCCUGCUAAUUCUUAUAACUCUUCGUGUUCAUCUCUAAAUUUAUUUUCAAAAUAAUAAUAUAUAUUUCAAAUAGAAUUCUUCAUUUAUUUAUGUUAUACUUGCCUGCCGCUUUUGAGGUGUGGCAUGAGGACAUAGGAAAGUGCGUUGUCAUCGUUCAAUCUGGUUAUAUAAAGCAUUGAGUUUGCAUAUUUCAUGUAAGCAAUAUUGUGCGCUUUUAUUUGUUCAUAACCUAUUGUUAUAAAAAAUAAAAUUCCAAUUGAUAUUAAAUUAAAUUAUUGUUAUCUCGUAAUUUAGGCUUUGUAUACUAAUCGGUAAUAUAUAUUUAUAUCGAAUCAUGUUGCACAUGUAAUAUCUAUAUACUUCAGAUUAUAUUAAUCACUUGUGUAAUAUUUGAAGGUUAUGGGGAGUACAUAUUCUAUUGUAUGGAGGUAUAAAAUAUAACCAUUGCAUGGUUCUGUGCUACUCUAGAUUAUUAUGUUACUUUAGUUUAACACAUGUUGUCAAAAAAUAAAAUGACUGAUUAUUAAAAAGGUUUUCUGCUUCAAACUCA